AGAUUAAAUAUCCAAUGGCAACAGCUUCAACAUUUGCCCAGCACUUUAUCGAGUGUGAAAACUGCGAGGAAAAUCCAGCACAAUAUUUUUGCAAAACAUGUCCGGGACAUCUCUGCGAGGAAUGUAAGACAGAUCAUGCAAAAAAGAAAAUAUCCCAAAACCAUGACAUUUUUCACUUGACCUCAGAAAAGGGGGAGGGAAUGGAACUUCUUUAUUGCUCUGAACACACAACAAAAAAGCUUGAUUGCUAUUGCUCUCCCUGCCAAAUGCCAAUCUGUAUUAAAUGCCUGAUGGAAACUCAUAAUGGGCAUACAGUAGAAAAUCUGGCCACGGUGUACGACAUAAUAAAAGGGGGACUAGAGAAAGAGAGGGAAAAGAUAGAUACAUUUCUUUUGCCAAAAUACAAAGAAAUGUUGUCAAACGAAAACGCCAAGCAAGCGGAGAUAUUAAAGAGAACUGCAGAGGUACAGAAACAAAUAGAAGACCACACAGGGAAAAUUAUCGAAGAAAUUGAAAUGCUCAAAGAACUUAGAGUAGUUGAUCUUCAAACAAAAGGACAAAGGACAUUGAAGCUAGUUGAGAAUUCGAAACAGGACCUCGAAAAAAGAAUAGAAAGCCUAGAGAACAUCAAAACUACGAUAAAUAACAACUUGGGUGCAAAUCCAGGAAUUACAUUUUUUCAACCCUUAGACACAAACAAAAUAAAAGAAUUAAGAACAUUUCCAAGAAAUGUCGAAUACAGUCUUUGUAAUUUUAAUGCAGGAAACAUAAAUACAAUAGUCCAGGAACGACAUUUUGGGGAUUGGCCGGAUUUUUCUGCUGCGCAACAAAUAGUAAAAAGUGUAUUUGACACCGAUUCAGAUGAUGAGUAUGAUUUAAUACAAUGA